AUGCCGGCGGACGACUUCGCCGGGCUCGCGCUCUUGUCACCCAUCCCGAAUGGGGAUGGCACAUACAGCUCGCCAAACGAUGUGUCCGAAGUGUACACCUUCACCGAUGGCAAGCGUGCCAUCCUGUCCGUCUGCGGCGCCGUGCUCCUCUUCAACAUCGCCUGCUUCGGCUGGAUGGUGCUCAAGCGCUCCUACCUCCCCUUCAAGGCCAAGCAACUUCCCAUCCUGGGCCUGAUGCUCCUAGUCGCAAUUCGCCUAUCCCGUGCCGCCAGCCCGGCGCCCUCCGCCCCCUGCCAGACCAUCCAGCUGACUCUCGCCCCCACGCUCACGUCCGCCUGCAUCCAUGUGUGGCUGCUGCAGCCGGCACGCUCUUCACUGCCGGUGUUCUUGUACGCCACCAGCCAGCUCCCCCUUUGGCCCUCCGUGCCGCUGCGCCCCUGUCUCCUUCCCUUCUAUCAGCCGUUCAACCACAUACCUCGGCGCAUGGAGCUGUGA